CGCAAGGUGCUGGAAAAGCGCAGUCAGCAAAUUGUUCUGUCGCCCUCUGUCCGAUACACUGGUCCCUCUGCGGUCGCUAGUUUUUUUUGCACGAGGCUGCACAAUGGCCGAAACGCGGUGUGCUGUCAGCCGCUGCGAUUGGGCUCUGCAACUUUCCAUGUACGUAGUGUUCCUCUCCUGCGCUGGCUGGGUCCGCGCUUUGCCCGAGUCUGCCGCUUAUGUAUGGCACCCAGCGAUGGUCGGGUUUGACUCGAAGGACUUGCCAACCUGGGAGCACAUCCUGAAGGAGGGGCGGAAGACGUACACGCCGGGUCCCGGUCGCAAGGCCACAAAUGGCUCAGUGCUACUGUCGCAACACCUGGGUGGGGUCUACGACCACCUGCUAAACGAGCACCUGAAAUAUGUUUGCGACGAGGGUGCUUCGAAAUGCAAACGGAAGGUCUGUGCCAUGGCUCGAGGGAGCUGGUGCAAAAAGUAUUAUGAGCAGGAUCCAAUCCCUUGGAAGCCGGCUCCUCGUGGAGAUAAGGAGUGCCCCAAAUCCAAGUACGGCAUUUGCAAUGGUGUUGGCACCUGCCAGUAUGACAUCGGCGUGUGCCUUUGUCCAGCAGGCUGGCGUGGAGACGACUGCGGCACACGGGACCCACGGCCUUGCACACAUCGAAUGCGGACGCCUGCCCUGGAUGGAGAAAACACCGAGCCGGUGAGCCAUGUGGGCCCGGAUGGCCGCGACCGCAACUGGUCGGUGCCGGGGUGGACGGCAUCACGGUGCGCAGGUUACUGUGAUGAGGACCUAGCCAUGUGCUACUGCCCGCCCGGCACCAAGUACGGCCGCGAGCCCGCACCAGCCGGCUCGCCACCAGGCACGCCGCCGGUCAAGGUCGGCCGACCCAUGGGCGACAGCUGCAAGCCCAACAGGGAUCCGGCCCUCAAAGAUGGGCCACGCACGGAGUGGGGCGGUGUGGACCCUGACAGCCUGUUUGGGCCAGAAGGCUGGUGCAACGCGGAGCAACCUCGGCACCACUGUGGCUGCAUUCUUGAUGGCACUUACGGCCACUUCUGUGAUGUGCAAUCUGAGGUCUUCUGCUUCAAUCAGUGCUCGGGGCACGGCGACUGCCACCUGGGCUUCUGCAGAUGCCAUGAGGGCUGGUACGGCAUGGACUGCAGCAGGCAGCGCGCGUCUGCCAAGACUCGUGAGAAAGGCUACCACGAGCCGGGGGGCGCCCGGCCCUACCUGGAGCACAUUGUGGUGGACCCCCCGGCAGCCAAGGACCCACCGCCGUCGCCCACCCGGCGGCGGCCGCUCAUUUACGUGUAUGACACCGACCCGCUGUUCAACUCCAAGAUGAUGCAGUACCGCAUUGCCAAGUCCUCCUGCGUGUACCGGCUGUUCGGCUACGCCAACGAGUCCAACUUCAACUCGUACGUGUACUCGCUGGAGAGCUACUUCAUCGAGCAGCUGUCCAUCAGCCAGCAUAGGACGUAUGACCCCGAGGAGGCGGACUUCUUCUUCGUGCCGGUGCAGCUCACCUGCUACCUGUGGCCGGUCCUUGGCUGGGCGGAUCAUCCCUGGUUCGGCAUGCCGGCAGCUCACUCCCGCGCGCAGCAGGGCACAUACAUGUAUCUCAAGGCCAAGCGCUGGGUGCAGCAGCACUACCUGGACUCGUCCGGCAAGUCGUUCUGGGACCGACGAGGCGGCCGCGACCACAUCUUCAUGAUGCUCAACGACGAGGGCGCAUGCUGGAUGCCGCAGGAAGUUUACAACACCUCCAUUGUGCUCACCCACUGGGGCCGCAUGGACAACGUGCACGUCUGCGGCAGUGCCUGGGGGUACGACAACUACUCAGCGCCGCUGGACUCCUGGAAGCCAUACGUUGACGGGGAUUGGCGCAAAGAGUAUGACGGCCACCCUUGUUACACACCCGGCAAGGACCUGGUGGUUCCGUCGCUCAAGCCUCCCAGCCACUACGCCUCCUCGCCGCUACUAGGCGCGCCGCCCCUUGAGCGCGACAUCCUGCUGUACUUGCGUGGAGACACCGGGCCGUACCGGGCGCACUGGUACAGCCGCGGUAUCCGCCAGCGGCUGGCCAAGCUUGCGUACAAGCACAACUGGGCGGACAAGUACCGCAUCUACAUUGGCGAGGGUUGGCAGAUUUCGGGUAGCUACUCGGAGCACCUGGCGCGCUCAACAUUCUGUGUCGUUGCACCGGGUGACGGCUGGUCGGCGCGUGCAGAGGACGCCAUCCUGCACGGCUGCAUUCCCCUUGUCAUCAUGGACGGAGUUCAUGCCGUUUUUGAGAGCAUUGUGGAAUGGGAUGCAUUUGCGGUUCGCAUCAGGGAGGAAGCUGUCAACGAGGAUCUCCCCAAGUUCCUGCUGUCGUUCUCACCAGAGCAGAUUGAGCGCAUGCAGCGGCGCCUGGCGCUGGUGUGGCAUCGGUUUGCCUACGCUCAGGGAUCGCUGCUGCACGCGCAGCUCCAGUCGACCUAUGGGCACAACCGCGCGGCGCGGCGUGCGGCCCACCGGCCGGCUGCUGGCCUGGCGGAUGAGGCCAUCGUGAAGGCAUCCAAGAACAUGGCGGAGUCACUGGGCCAUGCGGGGCUGGACUCAGCUGCAGCGGGGGGUGGCGCUGCCGAUGACGGUGGGGGCGCGGACUGGGUGGGGCCUGUCGGCCACCCCUACACUCCCUACACACGCUUUCCGGCUCGCAGUGACGCCUGGAACACCAUUAUGGCCUGGCUGUUCUCGCGCAUACCGCACACACGGCGCUGAAUAGGCGGCUGCGCGCUGUGCACAUGCUCAAUGAGACCUUCCAACCCGAGUACAACACCCGUACCCUGGACGCCAUUGAUUGCUCCAGCUGUUUUGUUUCGGGCAAACCAUUACCGCUUCCUCAUGGCGGCAACAACUUCCAUGCCUAGCUUGGCCCCUGGCACUACACUAUGUGUGCAACUCGAGCGUGUCUGGGCCAAGGGGAUGCAUGGUCGUCAACCUGCCGAAGCGCAACUGCAUUUCUUGUACAAGUGCUGGAAGUGCAUGUCCAUAUGCCGGGGCUGGGGCGGGAAGUUGUGCCAGUGUUUCCCACGUAGCUUGUGCUAAUUGUCCAAAGGUGGGCGUAGUAAGUGGCUUGGAGGCUGGCCAGAGCACUAAUGCUGUGGUCACGAGCGCGUUUGGCCGCCCGCGAGUUCGCGAGAUGGAAAGCCCCCGUUACACAGACCGCCAAAGCCGCGCCCGUUUGGCGAGCUCGCCACAGGAGCGCGAUUUCAUUGUUUUGCCAUACUUCCUCAAUAGCGCGAUUUGUGAGCCGCGAACUCGUGCAGACCAAAGCCCGUCUUCAACAGCGUCUUCAACAGUUUUCCGCAGUUCCCUGGCGUGCCCGUUAUAAGUGCGGGGAAAGAAUGCCAUUUACAGGCGGUGCCCAUUGCGAGCUAAUAUGGAAGCGAGUGUUUUCGGUUCUGGAUUUAGCUUCCGUUUUUGUCGUAAGUUUGCUACGCAAUAACGCAAUGCACUUGUGGGUUUGCCUUAUUAGCCUUUUUAUUUUGACAGCUCAAUCGAAAAACCUUGCAUCCGGUCGGACUCAGUGCCGCGACCGCGCGAAUUCCCUACAUCCCGAGAUUCCCGACUCAGCCUAGACACAUUAACACCCCAUUAUUGUUCCUUAACAUACGUUAAGCCUUGGAUUGGGGCUCAGAGCGUUCCGCGCUGGACAUGGUGGACUGAGCAUGUGAACCCGACACCAGGACUGAGCAUGUAAACCCGAAAGCUU